AUGAAGGUUAUUCUUCUGAGCUUCGGACGAAACGCAACCCUAGGUUUUUACUACGCGCUCAAGACCCUGGGCUAUAAGCCGUACCACCAGCUCGAGGUCUUUCGAAAUGGCGUGCCGGACAUGCGCAUGAUGAACGAUGCCGUCCUAGCAAGCAGCCGGGGUCAAGGCCGUCCCUUUUCGCGGGAGGACUUUGACAAGUGGCUCGGUGGCUACGACGCCAUCACCGACAUCCCCAGCUGGCUCCUUAAGGACGUCAUCUCGACGUACCCGGACGCCAAGUUCGUGCUGACGGAGCGGGAUCCCGAGGCGUGGCGGAAGUCUAUGGCCAGGACCUUCCAGCCGCUAGGUGCGUUCCUGAACUUGCCGGCCAUUCGUUUGGUCGGGCUGGUAGAUUCAUACACGCACCACCUGAGCAAUCUGAGCGCCAACUUCUGCUACAUCUUGUACGGAGGCUAUCUUGGACCGGACAGCGAGAAAGCUCAGGUCCAGGCCGUAAAGGUUUAUGAGAACCACAACAAGACAGUCAAGGAAAUGAUCCCGCCUGAGAAGCUUCUUGUCAUACAACUCGAAGACGGCCUCGGCUGGGAGAAGAUCUGUUCCUUCCUUGGACAUGAGGUCCCGGAUGUUCCGUUCCCCAGGGUCAACGAAGCCGCGGAGUUUCAGACAAUGGUCAUGGAGGACAUGUUGGCGUCUUGGAAGAGGACUGCACUCAAGGCGGCAAGCGUUCUGGUCCCCUUGGUCGGGGCAUCCGUCUGGUUCUGGAGACAGAAGCGAUAG